CAGUUGCAGUACAGGAUAUGAUAGCCUACUGUAGAUAAAAAGGUGUACAUUAGGGGUGUUUUGUCUCACAGCAGUUAAGAAGACUGGAAGCUUCUGUUGGAGAGUUGUAUUGACAUAUCAGGAUUAAUUUCAGUCAGGUUUGUGGUUCAGGCUGUCACCAGUUUUUAGAACAGUGAAAGUGAAAGUAGAGAUUGUAAAACAGGCAACAGUGUAGUAGAACAACCAAAACUAUUAGAGAAAAUGGCCUCCAUGUCGAUCUCAGAAGAGGAUUUAUCUUGUCCUGUGUGCUGUGACAUCUUCAAGGAUCCUGUUCUGCUGAGCUGUGGUCACAGUGUCUGUAAAGGCUGCAUGCAGCAGUUCUGGGACACUAAAGGGACCAGGGAGUGUCCAGUCUGCAGAACAAGAUCGCUGAGCGCUGAGCCCCCCCUGAACCUCCUUCUGAAGAACCUGUGUGAGAAUUUCCCAAAGGGGAGAAGUCAGGGAGAACCAUUCUGCAGUGAGCACCGUUCAGAACUCAAGCUCUUCUGUGAAGAUGACAAACAGCUUGUGUGCUUGGUGUGUCGAGACUCUAAACUCCACAGAAAUCACAACUUCAGUCCCAUCAGUGAAGCAGCACUGGAGCGUAAGGAAGAACUGAAAGUCAAACUGAAGCCUUUGCAGAUGAAGUUAAAAAAGAUCAAAGAAGCUAAAAGUGCUUCUGAUGGCACUGUCCAAAACUUCAGAGUUCAGGCCCAACACACAGAGAAACAGAUCAAGGACAAGUUUGAGCAGCUUCAUCAGAUUCUACGAGAUGAAGAGGCAGCCAGGAUAGCUGCACUGAGGGAGGAAGAGGAGCAGAAGAGUCAGAUGAUGAAGGAGAAGAUUGAGAAGAUGAACAGAGAGAUCUCAUCUCUUUCAGACAUCAUCAGUGCCAUAGAGGAGGGGAUGAGAAGCGAUGAUGUCUUCUUCCUGCAGAACUACGAGAGCACAGUGAGAAGAGCCCAGCGCACACUGAAGGAUCCAGAGAGGAUUUCAGAAACACUCAAUGUGGCAAAGCACCUUGGAGACAUGGGCGUCUGGGAGAGGAUGAGAAAGAUUUUCGAAUACAUUCCUGUGACUCUGGAUCCCAACACUGCACACCCACUUCUCAUUGUUUCUGAGGAUGGCACCACUGUGGCAUGUAGAAAUGAGGAACAGCAGCUUCCUGAUAACCCAGAGAGAUUUGAUGAGUGGAUCAAUGUCCUGGGCUCUGAGGGCUUUAACUCAGGGACUCACUGCUGGGAUGUGGAGGUUGGGGAGAACAGUGAUUGGGAUAUAGGGGUAGAGUCGGCCAAGAGGAAGGGAAAUAUUACCGACUGGAGUGGAGUUUGGUGCGUGUUGUAUUAUGGAAAUGUAAAAUAUACCACGGUCUCAAGCCCACAGCCAGAGAGUUUGCUUUCAGUGAUGAAGAAACCCCAGAGGAUCAGAGUUAAGCUGGAAUGGGAACGAGGGAAGGUGUCCUUGUAUGACCUUGAUAAUAACACACAUAUACACACGUUUACACACACUUUCACUGAGAGAGUGUUUCCUUACUUUGGUACUCAGUGUACACGUGUCCCACUGAGAAUUCUACCACUGAAGGACUCUGGGAAGUUCCCCUAAACCGUCUCAUUGGAGAGGUGUGUUGAGUUGAACAGGUGGUAUGGUAACAGGUGAUUUUCAUUCCCUGAUCAAUAUUUAUUAUAUGUGGUUCCUGUGAGGAAGGUAUGGUGGAAAUGCUUUAGUUUGAUUUUAUAGACAACACUGGCAUAGACUAUAAACACUGGCAUGGUUACACU